GCUUUGAACAGCAGCACUGGAGAUUUGACUGUCUUAAGGAGUAAGGCUCUGGAGGUUUGGAUCAAAUGAAAACUGCAUAAUCUUUGACUCCUCUACAGAAAGACUGGAUUUGCCCCUAAGUCCUGUGCUGAUGGGCAACUGGAGUGAGGCACUGACACCUGAACAGAUAACAGAGUAUAAAGGCGUCUUUGAGAUGUUUGAUGAGGAGGGCAAUGGGCUAGUUAAAACAGAAGACCUGGAGAAGCUUAUGAGCCUCUUGGGGAUCAACCCAACCAAGAGAGAGCUGUUAACAAUGGCCAAAGAUGUGGACAAAGACAAUAAGGGCACCUUCAACUGCGAUGGUUUCCUGGUUUUGAUGGGCAUUUACCAUGAGAAAUCUAAAAAUCAGGACGAAGAGCUGAGGGCAGCCUUCAAAGUCUUCGAUAAGGAACACAAAGGCUACAUUGAAUGGGAUACACUCAAGUAUGUGCUGAUGAAUGCUGGAGAGCCACUGAAUGAAAAUGAGGCUGAAUUGAUGAUGAAAGAAGCUGAUAAAGAUGGGGAUGGAACCAUUGAUUAUGAAGAGUUUGUGGCCAUGAUGACUGGAGAAUCCUUUAAGCUCACUCAGUAGGGCCCUGAAGAAGACAUUGUUUGCUCUGAAGAUCUUUCCUAAACCCCUUCACUUGCAAGAGCUGUAAUUCCUUUCAAGAUGACAUGGCCUGGAGUUGUCAGAAGCCAUCGCAUGUCUAAAAGCUGCUAUCUGGCAUUUGCAGGAGGAGGAAAGUGCAGAAAAAUGUGAAGGUGAGGGACACUGCCCACACCAGGGUGCAGAGCUCCUGCAGGACAUAUUCCUUUAUUCAAGAAAUUGGUUACAGGCCAUGGAAAUUGUACAAACACCAUAAUUUGUUUAUUAAUAAACUUUAUAAAGAAAGUC